AUGCUACGGGAGCUCGUCAGUAAUCAUAAAGGCAUCCAAGUUACCCCUCCUCUUCUUCUUCAACUUGUAGCGGAAAAGACAAAGGCCAUCACACCACCUCAAAGCCCAAUGCACGAAGGUCAUAGUAGUGAAGACGAACGAGAUAGCUAUGGGCAUACCAGAACCAUAAGCAAUGAAUCGACGGGGACAUCUUAUCGUCCAAGUCCUCAUAGUCGUCCACCUUCUCGAGGCCCAACGACUCCUGGGAUAAAGUCACCUCUGGAUUCCGACCGACGACAACGGUCUACCCCACUCAACACUGCCCCUUCAAGCUGGGCAAAGCGUCCCACGCCUGCAGGCCGCAGAAAAAGUGAUGCUGGAAAUCGUAGUGAUUCAGAGUCGGGCCCGCCAGUGGCAUGGGGUCGAACGCCUCGCGACAGGGCCAGGACACCUUCUAACCCCGCUUCGCCUUCCAGUGGUCAGAUGGAACUGAAUUUUUCUCCUGGCUCGCCCGUUGGACGUCGAUCACGCCCACAUUCUCGUGCCCAUUCUCAACCACAAAAUGCCUACGCCACAGGACUUUUUGACGGCUACUCCUCUCCGGAUGACACUGUCAAACGUCCUCCGCACUAUGGUUUCGAUUACAAUGAUUCCUUUGACAAUGCCAUAUCGACUCUCCCAAUGCCUCGUUCAGGAGAUGAUUCAGAUGAGGAUGACAUCGAUGCAGGUCUGGUUCACGACCGCUCUAUCGCCCUUUCCACAGUGUCCAUGGAAGUUAGCGAACGGAUAGAAGCUUUAACGAGGACGAAUGACCAGCUUGGCCGUAAAGUUGUUGAGCUCGAGACAACUCUGCAAAACAAGCUUGCCGAGCAUGAGCUGGAACUGGAAGAGACACACCAGCGUCUGGAGGAAUUGCGGAGCGAGUUAAGUGCUUCCAAUCGAGAGGAGAAAGAAUUAAGGGCAAAAGAUUCGCGAAACAUGACCCAAAUUGCUGCCCUUGAAGCCGAAGUCGCCAAAGUGCAAAAAGCUUUGGAUAGCGCAAAAGCAACAUACAGUAGUCUGCAACGCCAAUAUCAGGAGCAAUGCGCUGCCUCUGAAAGAUACCGCGACGAAUUGAGGAAGAGGGAAGAAACCAUCCGUUCUUUGAAAGACGCCGUCUCACUGCACGAAAUCGAAACCGGAAAAUGGAUAAAGGAGCAUGAAACCUAUGAGGAUCGCAUCGCACAGCUUGAGAUCGAGCUAUCUGCUGCUCUCGAAGCUCAUACCCAACUCGAUGAGCAAAAGCAGGAAAAUAUGCUCCUGAAGGAGACCAUUGACAGGAUGCGGUUUGAUAUGGAUGAAUUGCGGAAUUCUAUGUCAUCUAUUGGGCCUAGUGGUAGCAACGUGCCUAGUGGACCUAGCACCAUGUCGAAGAGCCUUGGUGCGGAACUUGCCAACAUUAAAUGGAGUAUGGACCCGGAAGAAUCUCCAGAGCCAGAAGAUUACCACAGCGGGGAGAAUACCGUCGUAGAAGAAGAAGAAACGGAAGAAGACGAGGAUGAAGAUGUCAUCCAGACGAUCAUCACAAAGAGGAAAAGAAAGGUUGCAAGUCGUGCUGCGAACAUAGUUCCCUCGAUGAGGCCUACUUUCGAAGAAAUGAAAGAAUAUUCUGAUUUUGGAACUCAAUAUGACCCUACAGAGUUUGCUGUCAAUCAUGGCGUUCAAACGGAACCGGAAAGGAAACCCCUCAAAGCAUCGUUCAGCAUUCAAACGGACGAAAUACCCGCUCCCAAACCCGCUCCUGUUCCUCCGCCUCGAAUAACCGUCGAAAUGGAAAUUCAAACCGAGGAAGCAACUGAAGAACCUUCAAGGUCACCAUCGCCUUCUCACGACGAGAGCAUGGCCUCCUCAUCCUCCACCAUCGUCCCGCCUACGCCCAAACCCACUACCAAACCUCUCGACCAUCUCGACGAACCACCCGCGUAUAAUCAAGUCGCAGAUGCGGACAAAGAGGAACGAAAAUGGCGGUUGGCUGCUGAAGCUACGCUGAAAGAAUGGCACCACGGUGCAAAGAUACCCUUCGAGCCCAUCCCAGGUGGCGUAUCGCCCGAGGCCAUCGAGGAGUGGAAGGCGCUCAAGCAAGAGCUCGGUGUGGAGUGCAGCGUCAUUGACAAGAUGAUUGAAGCCUCCGAAAAGAAUGCUGCUCCUAAGGACCCAAAGCCGCGGCGCAACAGGUUCUACAACAUCUACAACACCUAUGUGUACGGCGACAAGAAUAUCUCUGCCGCUGCUCCUACUACCAGCCAGAUGAUCACAUACCUGGGUGUAGGCGCACUUGCUGUGCUUGCGGUGUCACCGUAUGUGAUGCCACAAGCCGCAAUUGCUGGUGGCGUCACGUAUGCGGAUAGGGCUGCGUGGAACAGCUUCAAUGCAAUGCCAGGUGAUACAGCUGAUGGGACCACGGCCGUGUUGGAGAUUAUUCGACGUCUCACUGGCGGAGCUGCGAGAUACGCACGAGGAUGGCCGACAUAA